UUUCAGUAUAUAUGCAAAUAAUUGCAAAUCAAAUCAAAUUCAAUCAUUUUCGAGCUCAACGACUCAACGGACUCUCCUAAUGCCCUAGAGCUGUACAGCUCUCAAGGCAUUAGGUGUAGUGUUUCUGAAAACGAUCCAACAAAGCCCGAAGCGAGAAAUCCUUGGAGAUGCACAUCAUAUAAUUCAGUAAUGUUUUCGUAUGACUUUGACGAAUUAACUUAUGAUUAUAGUAACGCUAACUUAACGUUAAGCUUGCAGAACCACCGAGCUAAUCGAUUUCUUAUGGACAAUCUGAUUACACCAUAAUUAUAGGCCCACGUAAUUUUUUUAAUUAACGUUUAAAAACAAUCCUGGGUUUUGCUAUCUUUACCGUUGAGCUAGCAGAACUCAAUCGUAAAGAAACUCCCCAGAAUAGAUUUACUUACAUAGUAAUUUCAGGACAAUUUUUUUUUCUAUAACGGCAGUAGGUGAAAAAUGUAGUAAGAAUAUCAGAUUCGAAUUUCCCGCUCAAUUUAAAUAGAACUUGGAACCUGUGGGAAGUCCUUUCAUUGGUUACUUCUUGAGAUAUUUUGUAAUAGGUCAGUUACGACGUUAAGAGAAAUGUAAUUUUAACGGAAAUUCUAGGUAUCACGUUUUCUGAUUUUCUCUAGUAAUAACGCAAAAAGGACAAAAAGCUUUCCAACUGAUUUAUUUGAUGUUACAUGGACUACAUUAUAAGUGCAUGUUAGAUUGAUUUAUUUGGAUAGAGUAUAUUUAGAAAAUAACAAUGUUUUACGACCGUAGACGAGAUCUAGAUAGAUUUGCCAUGGCUUGGGUUGCUUCCACUAGAGGUGUUAAAUUUUCCAUUAGGAAAUUCGGACCGGAAAAGAUACUCGAAAUCAAAAUAACAAUUUUAUGUCAAGAAAUGAUGGAAUUAAUCAUGAGCUCUUCAAAUAACCCCGAAGAAAGGGUAUCCCUUAGGAUGACUGUACAUCUGAUAGAAGGUACUAUUAAAAUCUUUAAUGAACAGGUCACCUUGUUCCAAGAUGAUCUCUUCCGAUAUUAUACCCUACUAACCACUAUUCCCAAACAAAUAUCAGCUCCCGAAAGGGAACUGGAUGCAACUCAAAGGAUCUUCAGAACUCCACCUACACCUAUAAUCAAGGAAAAAAAGAAGAAACGCAUUUCUACCAAACGUGUAGCGCCAAUUCUAGAGGAAAUUCUGGGGGAAGAAGCUACAAAUCUCGAUUUAAUUACAAAACCUCCAAGGGUUCCUUCUGCAGUGGAAGCAAGAAGAGAGAGCAUUGAAAUUAUUGACCCACAACCUAUACAAGUUGUUCUCCCUGAUGAAAUGUUUGGCGAAUUUGAUGUUGGUCCAACAGAAAUACCAAAAGAUGCUCCUCCAAAGCCCCCAUCGGAAGCAUCUGUUAAAUCUCAGUUAGAAAGGAUUGAGGAACUCCUUGCAGUGGAGUAUCAAGAAUCGGUGCAAAAGCAAACAAAAAAAAGUAGUAGCAGCAGCGCUGAUCAAGGCUUUCAGGUAAUACAGGUAGAGGCUAUGGUUCAUCGAUCAGAUAUUCCAAUGUUGGAAGAACGUGUGGAAGUGAUUGAAAGACAGAAGAAACCUCGAGAAAAGAUUGUUACUUCGGAAAGUAGUAAUGGUAUGCAAGAGACCCCCAAACAGAUAUUGGUGGAAGCCAUGGUUCACACUUCCGCUGAACCACAAGAAGCAGUAAUAACCGUGGACCAACCUCCUGCAACAGCAUUAAGUGUUCAAUUGCCAAUAGGAGAUUUAGAAGAAAUUCAAUCAGUUCAAGAAAUUGCACCUACAGCAGCAUUAAUUGUUCCUGCGCCAAUAGGAGCUUCAGAAGAAAUACAACCGGUGCAAGAGACAGCACCUUUGGAUGUGAUUAAAACAACAAGGAAAACUCUCAAGGAAGGAAGAGAACAAAGAGGAAAGGAAGAAAUGAUAGCCAAGCGCCUCCGUUUGAAGUUCAGAACAGCGAGGAGGGUUUUACUCUUGGACGAUUAUAACAAGAUUGUUGUCGUAGAGGAUGAUUUUCCAAUAACAAUUUUCUCGGAAACCGAACUCCUCCAUGACGAAUUGUUUGAUUUUCUAAUGCAAACUGGUGUGGAUUUGGAGUCGACAGAGAAAACUAUUGAACAAAUGAGAGGAAUUACUUCAAGGAGUUUCAGCAGUGGACUCAGGAGAAGGUUGUCAAAAGUACCUACAUCCCUCACGCCAAUAGAAGGCUUGUCCAGAUUAGACUCGAACAUUCCUUCAAGUGUGGAAGUCAUGAAGGAGUUGAAUGUACCAAUUAUGCAGUCGACCCCUUUCAAGGGGGACGAUGUUGAAUUGCCUCAGGUGAAACUCUACGAGGAGAUCAAGUUAGAUUUUGAAUUUCCAAUCCAAGAAAUCACCGAAGUACAAAAAGAACCGCAUAGAGCAGACAAAACCAUUCCAGAGGUUGCUGAGAAGGAACCUGAACAAUUGGCCCAAAGUUCUCAUGCAGAUGAACCUUCACCUAGGAAGAGAGAGGAAGCAAGAAUAAAGAGGAAUAUUUUAGAUAAAAUGAAAAAUUGGGAUGACUCUCAAGAAUAUAUUCUAUUCGAUGAUUUAAUCCCUGAACCUAAAACUAGAUUGAAUGCAGCUAGAACUUUCUAUUUCCUACUGACUUUCACGAAAGAGCAAAUUCUCAGUCUUCUGCCAGAAGAGAAUUCUCUUGAAGUCAAGUAUGUGAAGAGAGGUAGAAUGCUUCUGUGAUGGCCUAACCUAAGAUUACUAUUUAUUGUGUUAUUUGUUACUGUAUCCUGUAAGUGAAAAUAAAGAAUAAUAAAGCAACUUAAGAACAAUA